AUGAAAGAAGAAUCAUCUAAAAAUAAGCGAGCCAAAUAAAAUGCUAUAUAAAAUCAUAAAGAAGAAUCAAUAAGAGAAAUACUAGGAUUUUACAUAAAUUAGGUUGAUUUGAAAUCAUUUAUGAAAAAAAAAAAGAUUUUUGAGAAGGUAGGGGAUUUGGUUGAUAAACAUUAAAAUGAAUUCUUGAAUCCUGCAGAAUUUCAUGAAAUUUAAGGAAUUUAUGAAGAUUUUAAUAUUGGUGAUUUAGCAAUAGUAUUUCCGAAUCCUGAUUAUGAAGGUUAUACUUAAAAGCCUGUAACAUUUAAUGAAGCUGCUAAGACUUUUGAUGAGAUUUUGACAGUUAUGACAGAAGAAGUGACAAAAAAUUAGUUAAAAAAAGAAAGAGAUUCUUUCCUUCUAACUUAUUUGACACUUGAUGAUUUAAUUGAUCAUUAAAAUGAAGGUUAAAGUAAAAAAAAAAAAAAAUUAAAAUAAAAAUAAAAUAAAGAUUCUAAAAAAUAGAAUAAAUCAAAUAACAAUCAAAAUAAUUCUAGCUAAGAAUUAAAACCUUCGAAAGAGGAAAAACCAAUAAAAAUUGAAAAAAAUUCAUAUGAAAAAUAUUUGGAUUUUAUGAGAAUCUAUCAUAAGUAAAGAGAAGAAGAGUUAAUGAAUGAAAAUGAAGGAUUUGACUUAAAAAAUGAAAAAGGAUUUUUAGAUGAGAUAGGUGUAGGAUAGUAAGGUUAACAAAAUGUAUCAUAAAAAGUAAUAGAUCCAAUAAAAGAAUUAAUGAAAGUUGACGUUAAUGAUGAUAGAUAGUUUAAAAAACUAAAGAAAAAAUGGUCAUAAGGUGGAUAUUUAAUUAAAAAGAUGUGUGAAGAUGGAGUUGAUUAUGAUUGGAUUUCAAACAAUGGAGCUCCAAAAGAUAUGAUGACUCUAAUUAGAUUUACAAUAUUAGAAAAACUAUCAAGAAAUGGAUAUUUGCAUUGUCGUUAAUUUGUAUCUGGAACUGGAGAACAUAUAUAUAUAGUGAUUAAAUCAACUAAAGAAGUUAUUUAAAGAUAGGCUUAAAACAUGAAGGUAACAAAACAAAUAGAAAUGGGAUUUGCUGAUUUGUAUUCUUUAGAACCUGUUGAUGCAAAUUUUAGACCUUUACGUUUGAAGAAUUAUAUAAAGUAAAUUUUGGGUCCUAAUUAUGGUGAUUUAAAAGAAGCUUUAGAUUCGAUUAAAUCUAAUGAUAAAUUACAUUUUACAACGUUGAAAGAAAUAGAUGAUUAUUGUGAAAGUAAUUACAAAUAAGAAAUUAAAUAACUUAGAGAUAUUGAAUUAAGAGCUGUUGUGAUUAAGAAAGUAGAAUAGGUUGAAGAAUAUCUGAAAGUUAUAACAAAAUAAUUAAAUAUUGAUUAAUCUCAUGAGAAAGUUGAAUUGAAUUCUGAUUAUUCAAUAAGUGAUGAGGAAUGGUAAGUAUAUUACAUAUAUUUGGAUUUGUUAUCUCAUUUAUUAUAUCUAUUAUAAUAGCAUUAUUAAGAGGCAAUGAAGGAGGAACAUUUUUAAUUUAGGGAUAAUUUACCAUUUUUAUAUAGAUUGAUUUUUGGAAAAGCAUUAAGAAAAGCAAAUGAAAUAUGGUAUUCAGCACAUAAAAGCUGUUGGUCUGAUUUGUUAGAUGAAAAAAUAAUAUUAAGAAACAUAUGGGAUAUGCUUGAGAUGGAACCAGCAGCACCAUACACAUAAUAUUUUUAAUUAUAAAAUGAUUUUGGUAAAUAAAUGUGGAGGAAAUAUGAAAUAAAUGAAUUAAAAGACAGAUCAGAGUUUAAUAAUAUGGAAAAGAUUAAAAUAACACAUGCAAUUAUUUUAAAGUAAGUAAAUAUGUCAAAGAUGUUAUAAAAUCUUAUUGCAGUUGGAUAUUUUCCGAUACAUGAUACAUAUGCAUUAUUUGGAGAAGAGAAAAAAGAUAAAUUUAUGAAGAAAUUAAUUGAGUAGGAAUUUAUUACAGAAAAGACAUUUGAAGGUAGUAAGAAAUGCCUUUUAGAUUUAUAUAAAGAUUUAUAAUCUUAUGCUGAAUCAACUGAUUUUGAUUUUUAGAGUGUUAAAUAAGAUUUGAGAAUCAAUUUCAGAUGUCCAUGGUAUAUACCAGUACAUCAUCUUAGAGAUUAUUUUGGUGAAAAAAUAGCACUAUAUUUUGCAUUUCUUGGAUUUUAUACCUAAUAAUUAUGGUAUAUUGGAUUAGUAGGUAUUUUAUGUUAAUCUUUAUUAUCUGAAUCAGCAGAAUAAUAUAAAAAACCUAUUGUAAUUCUUUUCUCAUUUACAAUAGUUAUUUGGAGUUCACUUUUCAUAGUAUAUUGGAGAAGAAAAUAAUUUUUAUUUAGUGUUUAAUUUGGAUAAAUUAAUUUUGAAACUGGAGAAGCUUUGAGGCCAGCCUUUUAAGGAGACUUUUUAAGAUCUAUUACUGAUGAUGAUUUAAAUGAAUAAUUUUAUCCACCUUUUAAAAGAAAAAUAACAUAACUAUUUGGUCUGGGUGUGAGUUUUUUAAUUAUUUUAUGUGUUAUUGGAUGCGUCUUAGGAAUUUUCUUUUUUAAAAAUUAUAUGAUUGAAACUAAAGCAGAUCCUUUUUUCUCUUAAUAAUUACCUGGAUUACUAAAUUCUAUACUAAUUGGAUUAUUUAACUUUAUUUAUCAAAAUCUAGUUAUGAUAUUCAAUUAAUUAGAAAAUCAUAAAAUUUUAUCAUCCUAUGAAAAUUCUUUAGUUGCAAAAGUUUUUAUAUUUCGAUUUGUAAAUACGUAAUAAUAAAUAUUUAUUAUCUAGUUUUAAUGCAUUCUUCAUCAUAUCUUUCUUAAGUAAUUACUUUACAUCCUUGGAGUUAUGCAAAGUCAAUGAUUAAACCUACGAUUGUUUUUAAAUAUUAUCUCUUUAAUUAAGCACUAUCUUUAUCUCUAACUUUUCAGGCUUAAUUACAGCUGUUCUUGUACCUUACAUUUAAGAAAAAUUGAUGAAAAAAAUGAAGGCUAUAGAUGAAAUACCUGUUCCACAUGCUUUCAAUGAUAUUGAUCCUUUUAUUGAAAGCUAAUUUGAUUUAUAACCAUAUUAAACAAAUGAAGAAGUUGAUGGAAGUGUAAAAGAUUAUAUGGAAUUGACUAUCUAAUUUUGUUUUCUUGUAUUAUUUGGAGUUUCUUAUCCUGCUUGCUUUAUUUUAGGUUUUGCUCAAAAUGUUGGUAAAAUUCAAGUUGAUAAAAUUAAUUUCGUAAGUUUAUCAAGAAGACCAUUUCCUUAAGGAGCUGCAAGCAUAGGUAAUUGGUUAGUUAUUUUGGAUAUAAUUACAUUUUUUGGAAUUCUUUCUAAUGCCGGUUUAAUUGUUUAUACUUCAAAUUCUAUUGAAGAAAGUUAAAUAGAAUACUUUGCAUCUAUUUUAGUAAUCUUUUUUGCUUUAAACUUUGUGAUUAAAAUAAUAGUUUCCCCAGAAUCUGAAUCUGCUAAUUUAUUACUUUAAAGACAUUAGUACAUUAUUGAUAAGAAAAUUAAAGUAUCAAAAAUUAUUAUUGUUUAGGGCUUUUCAUCUAGUUUGAAAACUGUUGUGGAUAGAUCCAAAUUAAAUAUUCAAAUAAAAAAAGUUGGGUAUCAUUUAUAUAAUUCUGGUGUUAUUCAUAAUGAUUUUCUUAAAACAAUUAAAGGGGAGAGAGAAAUUGCAUAUGAUUGA